ACCUUUACGCUUUCGACGUUCAUGGACUGCUGUUGCCAUCUCUAAUCCUCCUUCCAAGUUGAACGAGCAAUAAUACUGGUCCCGCAGCUUCUCAACCACUACAAUAAGCUGCAACUGGCCUCGGAAUAUGCCUCUGAACGAUGUUAUACGCCAGCGCGUACAACCUCUAACGGCCGCAAUGACCUCGAAUAGAAUUAUUCUUUAUUCGAUAUUCAGUACUGGGGCGAUGCUCGGUGCUAUUCUGAAUGCAUGUCGGAACCAGAGCAAUUUCUAUUCUGUCACUGUAUACCUGUCUCGGAGUGGGCGUAGCUUGUUGAUUCUGGCGAACUUCGGGUUCCUAUUUGCCCUGGCAUGUGGGAAGAUCUUGCAGAAGAUAUUCUUUGGGCCUUUACAGCCUCGUGAAGUCGAGUUGAUCAUAGCGCCUCUACGACCAAACAUGGAUGUUCGUCACCGAAUCAUUAUUGGCGUUCACCAUCUUCCGGGACGAGUUUGACAUCCCCUUCCUCAUGAUGUUCGGCUUCCUCUUGUUUGUCAAAUGCUUCCAUUGGCUCAUGGCCGAUCGCGUAGAGUCGAUGGAGCAAGUUCCAUUCCCUGGCCCUACCCUAUCAUUCCAUCUUCGUAUCAAUGGCUUAUUCGCUGUCCUACUCAUCACUGACGCCGCGAUGUUUGGGUACGCGGUGGACAGCACAUUGAUGAACGGGGUUGGAGGAAUGGUCCUAUUUGCUACUGAGUACGCCAUCCUCAUUGCAAGUACACUCAACGCCAUGUCUCGCUAUAUCUUGAAUAUUCUUGAAUGGCGUAGAGCAAUCCGACGUGGUGGCGAGAAUGCACCUCCUUGGGAGAGCAAGAGCAUGUAUGUCUUCUACAUCGAGCUCGUCACCGACUUCCUCAAACUCACAACAUAUCUCACAUUCUUCAUGAUCAUCCUCACGUUCUACGGUCUCCCACUCAACAUCAUCCGAGACGUCUAUAUCACCGCGCGGUCAUUCAUUACUCGACUCCGUGCUCUCAUUCGAUAUCACAACGCUACUCGAGAUAUGGACCGUCGGUACCCAAAUGCUACAGAGGAGGAACUUGCCGCUAUGUCCGAUAGGACGUGUAUCAUUUGCCGUGAAGAAUUGACGGCACCAGGUGCUCCGGCCACUGUGGAUGGGCAAGCCGGCCAGGAAGGACCACAGAGGGAGGAACCGAGACCACAAGAGGAGGGUCCGAAUAUGACCCCAAAGAAGUUGCCUUGUGGUCAUAUUUUCCAUUUCCAGUGUCUGAGGUCCUGGCUGGAGAGACAGCAGAGUUGUCCUACGUGUCGUCGUACAGUUUUGGAGACUAACCAGCCGAACAGGAACAAUGCUCAGCAGCCACAACAACAAGGUCAACAACAACAGGCGCAACCGAACGGUGGCCGUGGGGUUCCCAUUGCACAACCUGGUGCGAUGCCAGUCCCUCAACAAGCUCAAGCAGGCGUCGGAGGUUGGCUAGGGAGGUUCUUAGGCAUCGCACCUCCGCCACAACCGCCUCUCGUCGUUCCACCACAAUAUAUGGUUCAUCCACAGCCACCAGGGUUCGUUGGCGUACCACCUCCACCUCACGCUGGCCAGCCUGGACAGGCUGGUGCAUACUACCCAGCUCAACAGCUUCCUCCAGGAUACGCUUAUGCGUACCCAUAUCCACAACCAAUGUAUCAGUAUCCUAUAUGGCCGAACGCAUAUGGGGCACAGGUGUACCAACCUCAGCAUCAGCAAUUGAACCCUGCACCCCAUUUGAGAGGGUUCCAAGGACCUGGGGGUCAGAUCCAUCCUUGGCCAAUCGCUCCUCAUCAUGGGGUGCCUCCGGCUCAGGCUCAACAAGGGGCCACACAACAACCAACGCAUCAGCAACAGAGUUCACAGGGAGCUCAGGUUACGCCGACGCCUGUAUCUACAUCAGUUCAGGUACCGGCUCAGCGUACGCGAACGGAGUCUGAAACAUCGACUACUUCUGCUUCCACAUCGUCUUCAUCUAGUGGUGAGUCUGAUGCUCAGAGGGAAGAGUUGUCUGCUACACCUAGGAAUGCCGCUGCCGCUGCUGCGUUGAGGCGUUUAGAUGCUUUAGUGUCUUCACAGGUCCCCGCACCGGUCUCGACUAGAACGCAGUCGAACGGUCCGUCUUCAGGCACUUCGGUUGCUAGUGGGACGACGACCAAUACACACAACAAUGCCACGAAUGGCACUGAGUCUGGUCCUCAACCCACACCUACUGCGCCCUCUCCCCCUUCUCCACAACCUGCAGUAAUAGCAUCUACUCCUACCCCUCCAGCGACGUCUCCUCCCUCAUCGUCAACGGCGCCUGCCCCUGCGCAACCUCAAACCUCGACACAGGGCUCAACGUCGCAAGGUCGUAUCAAUCUACCAUCGUUGAUACCAGCACCAGACCUAUCUCCACGCCCCGCCCCUCCGAUAGCGUAUGCAUAUCCGUAUCCACAAGCUGGGCAGCUUCAGCCUCCGUACCGCUUUGCACCUCCGUCUACUACGGUUCGUGCUCAGAUGACGUUCCCAGCUGGGCCCCCACCACCUUAUGCUCAGCCUGCUCAACAUCAACAUCAAAUGCGUCAGCAACAGCAAAAUCAACAGCACCAUCCACCACCCUAUCGCACCCCCAUCAGCGAACUACCGCCUACAUUGACAGAUGAGCAACUUGGGAGGCUGGAUCGUCUUACGAGAGAGGCGAUUGAUGAGAGGUUGAGGGUUCUGGAGGGUGUUUCUGGGGCUGUUUAUAGGUGUAUUGAAGAGUUGACCAGAAUGAGGAGUGUGUUGCCCCGGCCGACUCAAGCACCAUCGGUCCCUCAGAAUGUGAACGCUGCGGCGUCAUCUUCUGCGGCGCCUGCUACUGCUGAAGGGUCGACACCUCCAGUCACAUCUGCAUCAGACACAAGCCCUCCGACUGCUGACGAUGGUCAUGCACCUGUAUUCAAUGAUCUGAUAGAGGCGUCUGUCGCGGCUCAAGAGCUUCCCAUUAAUGGUCACAAUGGAGAGGCCAACACAGGUGUUCCAGAGAUCUCAAAUGCAAAUGAACCCUCACCUAAAGUGACUGCCCCUGAGCCUGAUGUACAGGAGGGGCAUGCCUUACCACCGCCAGAUGGUGCUACAGACACAAAUGGAGAGACGGGUAGGCGGAGAAAUGUAGAUGACUUGAGUUAAGCGCAGUUGAUAUCUUUCCUGUAUCUGUUAUAUCUUCAUGUUCGUCGUUGUGUUUUCUACGCAAUUUGUUAUUAUGUGUGUAUUCGUACAACGACGGAACAAAAAGUGUCAGAAGCCCACAAUUGGAAUUCAGCUGGACUUCGAAGCGUCUGUCAAGAUGGCCUCUGCCCUUCGAGUGACAUACUCUGUAGAGCUGACAGCGGACUUGUCCACUCUCGUAUAGAAAGCUUUGAAGAUUUUGCCCAGUGCUUGUUUAGGGUUUGGUUUAGCUUCGGCUUUUAGGAGACCUUGUUCCUGGAUGACUUCACGUAGAACGCAGUCAAUCUCUUCUUCUGAAAGUUGAGGUGGGAGGAACUCGGAGAGGAUAGCGGCUUCCUUUCGUUCCUUUUCUGCUAGGUCUGAACGAGACGCGUUCUCAUAUUGGCUUGCAACGUCUUUCUGGAUGGCAGAAAAGAUGACGCGUGAUCAACAACCUCUCAAUAAAUCAUGGGAAUAUCGAUGGCAUACUCGACGGUCAACUGCUUUGCGAAUGAUAUCCUGGAUUUUGCUAUUUGGAAUGGGUUGGGACUUUUGCUUGUCGGCAGCGUACACGUCAGUCAGUACCGACUAUCAGGGGAUUCUCUCAAGUAAGAAACAUAGACUGCACUGGCAUGCCGAGAGACGUAACUUACACGUAGAGUAGUGGACUUCGCGGAAUCCUUAGCCUAGAAUUCAAUUAUUUACUUCAAGCCC